AUUACAACAAAAAAAAUUACAACAAAAGUAACAACAAAACCCUUAAAAGAAAAUGAUGCAUUACCGGAAAGGGGAAAAUAUCGAACAGGAGUUAAGCAAGGAUGAUUUACCUUUUGAUGAUUGUUUGACAAAGUUGCCGCAGAAGGACUUUCUCUGGAUGCACGUACGCGGUGGCACUAAGGUACACAAUGUACUGAACUAUGCAAAGAAUGCUCUGGACAAGGGCGAGUAUCGUACCGUGGUUUGGAGCGGCUCGGGUGGUGGUGUUGUGAAGACAGUCUCCUGUGCUGAAAUAUUCAAGCGCAGUUUUCCAUUAUAUCAAUUGACGCGCAUGGAUCAAGUUAGCAUCGAAGAGCAUUGGGAGCCGCAAAUGGAUGGUCUGGAGCCGAUUGUUGCCAAACGUAAAGUGCCCAGUCUACACAUACUAAUGACUUUAGAUCCCAUAGAUGAGUGUAUUAGCGAUGUACAAAAACCCAACACAACCACCGAAUACUGGAGAGGAUCAAACGGUAGCGCACAAACUCAAAAACAACCACGACGAAAUGGACCCAAUACAAGUAAUGCCGGACAAACACCACGACAACGUCAAAAUCAAAGACCGCCAAAGCAAGCGCGACCAGAGCAGGGAGCACAAACCCAUAAUGAGCAACAGGAACAGAGUGAGAAUAGUCCUAGCGCAGGAACACCACGAGAACGUCAACAAAGACCACAAAAUCUGAAGAGAAAUCGUAAUGAUCAACGAAAAUCACGAAAUGAGAAUAAUGCAGAACAGUCGCAGCCAACGGCUGAAUCACAGCAACAACGAGAGGGUACUGAUGAGCCCCAACGGCAGCAACAAUCACAACGACAACGGCGGCAUAAACCGAGACCAAAGCAACAACAACAGCAGUCUCCAAAAGCUAUGCAGGUGGUCGAGGCGACUGAGUCAGCUACAACAACUUCCAAGAUUUCUGCUGCUGCUGCGGUGGCGGCAGUUGAACCAAUGGAAUCGUAAAAAUUCGGUUUAAGAUUUAAAGCCUUAUUGUCUGUGUACAUAGUAUUUAUGUAUGUUUGUCAUAAUAAACUUACUGCAAGAUUUUGGAAAA